AUGUCUGAGCAGCACCAGUCCGGAGACGAGUUGGAUGACUAUAAGGAGCAGGAUCGCUUCUUGCCCAUCGCCAACGUAGCCAGGAUUAUGAAGAAGGCUCUCCCCGACAACGCAAAGAUUGCAAAGGAGGCCAAGGAGACCGUGCAGGAGUGCGUCUCAGAGUUUAUCUCCUUCAUCACCAGCGAAGCCAGCGACAGAUGCCAGCUUGAGAAGCGCAAGACGAUCAACGGCGAGGAUAUCCUGUGGGCAAUGCAGUCCCUUGGAUUCGAGAACUAUGCCGAGGCACUCAAGAUUUACCUGUCAAAAUACAGAGAGACCACUAAAAUUGAACGUCAGGCAGCAACAACAAAGGACAAGGAGGGCGAGGAGGAGACCAAGAACUUGGAUGAUGGCGGUAUUUUCCAUCAGCAGGACGUCAAUGCUGGAUAUUAUCAUCAGCAGAACGGCGAGUACUCCAACAUCCACUAA